AUGCAGGACCCCAGGCUGGAGGCUCUCGUCGCCGCCGUCACUGCUGCCCCGUCUGCUCAAGUGGACAACACACCGGAGGAUGCUGGUCUCGAGGAGCUCGAAGGUCUGGUGCCUGUUAACCCUGACACACCUGUGCAGGGAUCAGGUGACGAUGCACGAAACCCAGUGGAGCUACACCGUGAGCUGACAGCGGAGCGCCGGCUGGUCUUUGCGUCUGGUAAGCUGAUCCUGGACUACUCCCGGGAAGACAUGCUUGCCAGCAACUUCCCCACCGCAUUUCCGUACACCGAGGGCGGCCUCCGUCCCCUGGGUAUGAGCAACCGGAUCUUCUUCCAGCAUGUGUCCACACGUGUGCCACGGCGGCAGCUCAGCGGCAACCUCCUCAUGCUCGCCCGCAUGGUGGACGUGCUCAACAUGGAGGACGCAAAAGUGCAGACGUGGGUUACAGUGAAGAGCUGCCAGCAGGACAUCGACACGGUGGGCACCAUCCCGCGAGAGGCUGUCAAAGCGAUGGUGGACAUCCUGGCAUUGCCGAAGAUGCACCCGGAUCACCGCCGCCUGCUUCAAGACAUGUCACCUCUCGUGCAUGCCCUCGUCACCUCUCUUCGUGCGGCUGCAGUCGUGGCCGCUGGGCAGUUUUUGGAAUUUGGCGAGGACGGUGCUCUGUUGCGGGAGGAGUGUGUCAUGGACAAGUGGUGGCGGGUGCGAAACAACCCCUACACCAGCCAAGCUGUUGAGGAAACGGUCCUCUCCCAACUCGUGUGGUUGUCGACCAGGGGAUUUGACCCCGGGUCUGCGCCUGACUAA